AUUGAUAAUCAUCAGCACUGUAUUUUGAAGUUUAUUUAGAGAUGACAAGCCACAGAGUUAUACCUGCUUAACAAUUCCUUUUACAUCAACAGGUUUGAGUUUGAGGCGUUCCUUUGCUGUAAAUACAAUAUAUACUAGUAAAAUGGCUGGUCAUCGAAGAAGCCUCUCUGACAGCCUGCUGCUUGAUGAUAAUGUCUCUGGAGAGAAGUCCGAGUUCACAGACCUGGACUUUCAUGAAGAAGAUGGAAUUGUGGAUGCCAACAUUCACUUCAAUCAGAAAAAAAGGAAUGAAGGUCUUGACGUUUUGAAGUUUAAUGAUAAGGUGCAAGUGUUGACAAAUUACGAUUUGAAAUCCAGCCAGAGCAUGGACAGUCUGGAUCAGAAUGUCAAAGCUCCAAAUGAGAUGUGGAAAGAUUCUUAUGACAAGCUCUUCAAUGCCAGAGUCAAGAAAUUCAUGAAAGGAAAGCAAUCUUUUCAAGAAAACAGAGAUUCAUUGACAGACCAGAGGGAAAGACCUGCCUCUGACAUCAGUAAAUCCCAUUUAAUGGAUUUCCCUACUGCUGACUGUAAAAGCAAGGUAAAUGUUGCAGCUUUCCUCCAGAAUGCAGAUCGUAUGCGACCCACUCCAUAUGCAACAGAACCUGCUUAUAAAUUUGGGGCUUUUAUGGCACAUGAUGAUACCAGGGAUUCUACAAGUGAAUACAACUCAGACUUAUUACAAGGACCUGAUCUGAUGAGAGCAGAAAAGUUCAAAGCCAACAUUGCAAGUGAUGUUGAUAAUGAAAUUAACCUACAUGGUGGGAAACUUAAAAAUAAAAAAAUAGAUUUUGGUAUCAGUACACCAGAUUCAAAUCUUACACUGCCAAAUACCAAAGGAGCCCCUGUGAUAAACGUGACAAAAGGCAACUUCAGAGGCCCAAAAGCAGAGCUUAAUGCCCAUGAUAUUGAUAUGGAAGUACCAUCAAGUCUGCUCAAAAAGGCAAAAUUAAAACUGCCCAACUUUAACCUCCCUGGAUUCAACAAGACAGACACUGAUUAUGAUGGAAGAAUAGAAGGAUCAAAAUUGCCAUUGUCAUCCUCUGAAUUAGGUGCAGGGCUUAAUGGUUCUAAUAGUCAAACUGAUGGACCAAAAGCUGAUCUUAAAUUUCCGAAAGCAGACUUUACACUUCCAGACAUGGACAUGCCAUCUGGAAAACUGAAAAUGCCCACUUUCAACAUGCCUGAUUUUGGUCUCUCAGGACCCAAAAUAAAGACACCUGACUAUGAACUGAAGACUCCUGAAAUGGAUCUGUCAGCUCCAAAGAUUAACACAGACUUCGAUUCCCCAGAUUUCAACAUCAAAGGUCAUAAGGCAGAUAUCACAGCUCCUGACAUGAAUGUUGAUAUGCCUAAAGGAAAACUUAAGGGACCAAAUUUGAAGAAACCCAAUGUUGACAUAGAUGCAUCUGACCUUAAUAUUAAUGCCCCGUCAGGUAAAUUAAAGCUGCCAAAAUUUGGCCUCUCGGGUAGCAAGCCAAAAGGACCCAAUCUUCAGAUCAAUUCUCCAGAGCUGAAUCUCAAAAACCCCAAAAUGAAAGGAGGACUUGAUACCCCAGACAUAGAUUUGACUGUCCCUCAAUCUGAUUUCAGAGACCCGAACCUUGAAAUCAGAUCACCUGAUAUUGACGUUAAUGGUUCCUCUGGGAAAUUAAGUAUGCCAAAGUUAAAGAUGCCAAAUUUUGGCCUGUCAGGCUCAAAAGGGCCACAUAUGAAUGUGGAUGCUGACAUUGAUCAACAAGACCUUAAUCUGAGCACAUCAACUCCCAAACUAAAUACUGGGAUGCUUGGUCCUGAUAUUGGUAUUCAUGGACCUAACAUUGAUCUCAAAGGUCCAAAAACAGACCUUAAACUUCCAGACAUGGACACGCCUACCUUCAAGAUGCCUGAUUUUGGUCUGUCAGGUCCUAAAAUAAAGACACCUGACUAUGAACUUAAAACCCCUGAAAUGGAUCUGUUAGCUCCAAAAUUUAAGGCAGAUUUUGAUUCGCCAGACUUCAGCAUCAAAGGUCAUAAGCAAGAUAUCACAGUCCCAGACAUGAAUGUUGAUAUCCCUAAAGGUAAAAUUAAAGGACCAAAUUUAAAGAAACCAAAUCUUGACAUGAAUGCACCUGACCUUGACAUAAAUGCCCCCUCGGGUAAACUAAAACUGCCAAAAUUUGGCCUCUCAGGUAGCAAGCCAAAAGGACCCAAUCUUAAUAUAAAUUCUCCAAAAAUGAAUCUCAAAAGUCCCAAAAUUAAGGGAGGACUUGAGACCCCAGACAUGGAUUUGACUCUCCCUCAAUCUGAUUUCAAAGGCCCGGACCUAGAUAUCAAUUCACCUGAUAUUGACAUUAAUGGUCCCUCUAGUAAAUUCAAUAUGCCAAAGUUAAAGAUGCCAAGUUUUGGCCUGUCAAGCUUAGAAGGGCCACAUAUGAAUGUGGAUACUGACAUUGAUCAACCAGACCUUAAUCUGAGCACAUCAACUCCCAAACUAAAUACUGGGACGCUUGGUCCUGAUAUUGGUAUUCAUGGACCUAACAUUGAUCUCAAAGGUCCAAAAACAGACCUUAAACUUCCAGAAAUGGACAUGCCUUCUGGAAAACUGAAAACGCCCACUUUCAAGAUGCCUGAUUUUGGUCUGCCAAGUCCAAAAAUAAAGACACCUGACUAUGAACUAAAGAGCCCUGAAAUGGAUCUGUCAACUCCAAAGAUUAAGGCAGAUUUAGAUUCCCCAGACCUCAACAUCAGAGGUCAUAAGCCAGAUAUCACCGCUCCAGACAUGAAUGUUGACAUCCCUAAAGGUAAAAUUAAAGGACUAAAUUUAAAGAAACCCAAUCUUGACAUGAAUGCACCUGACCUUGACACAAAUGCCCCCUCAGGUACACAAAAAAUGCCCAGAUUUGGUUUAUCGGGUAGCAAGCCUAAAAGACCCAAUCUUAAUAUCAAUUCUCCAAAUCUGAAUCUCAAAAGCCCCAAAAUUAAGGGAGGUCUCGAUACCCCAGACAUGGAUUUGACUCUCUCUCAAUCUGAUUUCAAAGGCCCGAACCUAGAUAUCAAAUCACCUGAUAUUGAUGUUAAUGGCCCCUCAGGUAAAUUUAAAAUGCCAAAGUUAAAGAUGCCAAGUUUUGGCCUGUCUAGUCCCAAAAUAAAGACACCUGACUAUGAACUGAAGACCCCUGAAAUGGAUCUGUCAGCUCCAAAGAUUAAAGCAGAUUUUGAUUCCCCAGACUUCAACAUCAAAAGUCAUAAGCCAGAAAUCACAGCUCCAGACAUGAAUGUUGAUAUGCCUAAAGGUAAUCUUAAGGGACUAAAUUUGAAGAAACCCAAUCUUGACAUGCAUGCACCUGAUUUUGACAUAAAUGCCCCUUCAGGUAAACUGAAACUGCCAAAAUUUGGUAUUUCAGGUAGCAAGCCAAAAGGACCUGAUCUUAAAAUCAAGUCUCCAGAUCUGAAUCUCAAAAGCCCCAAAAUUAAGGGAGGGCUUGAUACCCCAGACAUGGAUUUUACUCUUCCUCAGUCUGAUUUGAAAGGCCCAAACCUAGAUAUCAAAUCACCUGAUAUUGAUGUUAAUGCCCCCUCAGGUAAAUUCAGAAUGCCAAAGUUUAAAAUGCCAAGUUUUGGCAUGUCAGGCUUGAAAGGGCCACAAAUGAAUGUGGAUGCCGACAUUGAUCGGCCAGAUAUUAAUCUGAGCACAUCAACUCCCAAACUAAAUGCAGGGAUAAAUGGUCCUGAUAUUGGCAUUAAUGGACCUAAUGUUGAUCUCAAAGGUCCAAAAACAGACCUUAAACUUCCAGACAUGGACAUGCCUUCUGGAAAACUGAAAGUGCCCACUUUCAAGAUGCCUGAUUUGGGUCUGUCAGGACCCAAAGUAAAAACACCUGACUAUGAACUGAAUACCCCCGACAUUGAUCUGUCAGCUCCAAAGAUUAAGGCAGACUUUGAUUCCCCAGACUUCAACAUCAAAGGUCAUAAGCCAGAAAUCACAGCUCCAGACUUGAAUGUUGAUAUGCCUAAAGGUAAUCUUAAGGGACUAAAUUUGAAGAAACCCAAUCUUGACAUGAAUACACCUGAUUUUGACAUAAAUGCCCCUUCAGGUAAACUGAAACUGCCAAAAUUUGGCUUUUCAGGUAGCAAGCCAAAAGGACCUGAUCUUAAAAUCAAGUCUCCAGAUCUGAAUCUCAAAAGCCCCAAAAUAAAGGGAGGACUUGAUACCCCAGACAUGGAUUUUACUCUUCCUCAGUCUGAUUUGAAAGGCCCAAACCUAGAUAUCAAAUCACCUGAUAUUGAUGUUAAUGCCCCCUCAGGUAAAUUCAAAAUGCCAAAGUUAAAAAUGCCAAGUUUUGGCAUGUCAGGUUUGAAAGGGCCACAAAUGAAUGUGGAUGCCGACAUUGAUCGGCCAGAUAUUAAUCUGAGCACAUCAACUCCCAAACUAAAUGCAGGGAUAAAUGGUCCUGAUAUUGGCAUUAAUGGACCUAAUGUUGAUCUCAAAGGUCCAAAAACAGACCUUAAACUUCCAGACAUGGACAUGCCUUCUGGAAAACUGAAAAUGCCCACUUUCAAGAUGCCUGAUUUAGGUCUGUCAGGACCCAAAGUAAAAACACCUGACUAUGAACUGAAUACCCCUGACAUUGAUCUGUCAGCUCCAAAGUUUAAGGCAGAUUUUGAUUCCCCAGACUUCAACAUCAAAGGUCGUAAACCAGAAAUCAUAGCUCCAGACUUGAAUGUUGAUAUGCCUAAAGGUAAUCUUAAGGGACUAAAUUUGAAGAAACCCAAUCUUGACAUGAAUACACCUGAUUUUGACAUAAAUGCCCCUUCAGGUAAACUGAAACUGCCAAAAUUUGGCAUUUCAAGUAGCAAGCCAAAAGGACCUGAUCUUAAAAUAAAUUCUCCAGAUCUGAAUCUCAAAAGCCCCAAAAUUAAGGGAGGGCUUGAUACCCCAGACAUGGAUUUUACUCUCCCUCAGUCUGAUUUGAAAGGCCCAAACCUAGAUUUCAAAUCACCUGAUAUCGAUGUUAAUGCCCCCUCAGGUAAAUUCAAAAUGCCAAAGUUUAAAAUGCCAAGUUUUGGCAUGUCAGGCUUGAAAGGGCCACAAAUGAAUGUGGAUGCCGACAUUGAUCGGCCAGAUAUUAAUCUGAGCACAUCAACUCCCAAACUAAAUGCAGGGAUAAAUGGUCCUGAUAUUGGCAUUAAUGGACCUAAUGUUGAUCUCAAAGGUCCAAAAACAGACCUUAAACUUCCAGACAUGGACAUGCCUUCUGGAAAACUGAAAAUGCCCACUUUCAAGAUGCCUGAUUUAGGUCUGUCAGGACCCAAAGUAAAAACACCUGACUAUGACCUGAAUACCCCUGACAUUGAUCUGUCAGCUCCAAAGUUUAAGGCAGACUUUGAUUCCCCAGACUUCAACAUCAAAGGUCAUAAGCCAGAAAUCAUAGCUCCAGACUUGAAUGUUGAUAUGCCUAAAGGUAAUCUUAAAGGACUAAAUUUGAAGAAACCCAAUCUUGACAUGAAUACACCUGAUUUUGACAUAAAUGCCCCUUCAGGUAAACUGAAACUGCCAAAAUUUGGCUUUUCAGGUAGCAAGCCAAAAGGACCUGAUCUUAAAAUCAAGUCUCCAGAUCUGAAUCUCAAAAGCCCCAAAAUAAAGGGAGGACUUGAUACCCCAGACAUGGAUUUUACUCUUCCUCAGUCUGAUUUGAAAGGCCCAAGCCUAGAUAUCAAAUCACCUGAUAUUGAUGUUAAUGCCCCCUCAGGUAAAUUCAAAAUGCCAAAGUUAAAAAUGCCAAGUUUUGGCAUGUCAGGCUUGAAAGGGCCACAAAUGAAUGUGGAUGCCGACAUUGAUCGGCCAGAUAUUAAUCUGAGCACAUCAACUCCCAAACUAAAUGCAGGGAUAAAUGGUCCUGAUAUUGGCAUUAAUGGACCUAAUGUCGAUCUCAAAGGUCCAAAAACAGACCUUAAACUUCCAGACAUGGACAUGCCUUCUGGAAAACUGAAAAUGCCCACUUUCAAGAUGCCUGAUUUAGGUCUGUCAGGACCCAAAGUAAAAACACCUGACUAUGACCUGAAUACCCCUGACAUUGAUCUGUCAGCUCCAAAGUUUAAGGCAGACUUUGAUUCCCCAGACUUCAACAUCAAAGGUCAUAAGCCAGAAAUCAUAGCUCCAGACUUGAAUGUUGAUAUGCCUAAAGGUAAUCUUAAAGGACUAAAUUUGAAGAAACCCAAUCUUGACAUGAAUACACCUGAUUUUGACAUAAAUGCCCCUUCAGGUAAACUGAAACUGCCAAAAUUUGGCUUUUCAGGUAGCAAGCCAAAAGGACCUGAUCUUAAAAUCAAGUCUCCAGAUCUGAAUCUCAAAAGCCCCAAAAUAAAGGGAGGACUUGAUACCCCAGACAUGGAUUUUACUCUUCCUCAGUCUGAUUUGAAAGGCCCAAGCCUAGAUAUCAAAUCACCUGAUAUUGAUGUUAAUGCCCCCUCAGGUAAAUUCAAAAUGCCAAAGUUAAAAAUGCCAAGUUUUGGCAUGUCAGGCUUGAAAGGGCCACAAAUGAAUGUGGAUGCCAACAUUGAUCGGCCAGAUAUUAAUCUGAGCACAUCAACUCCCAAACUAAAUGCAGGGAUAAAUGGUCCUGAUAUUGGCAUUAAUGGACCUAAUGUUGAUCUCAAAGGUCCAAAAACAGACCUUAAACUUCCAGACAUGGACAUGCCUUCUGGAAAACUGAAAAUGCCCACUUUCAAGAUGCCUGAUUUGGAUCUGUCAGGACCCAAAGUAAAAACACCUGACUAUGAACUAAAUACCCCUGACAUUGAUCUGUCAGCUCCAAAGAUUAAGGCAGAUUUUGAUUCCCCAGACUUCAACAUCAAAGGUCAUAGGCCAGAAAUCACAGCUCCAGACAUGAAUGUUGAUAUGCCUAAAGGUAAUCUUAAAGGACUAAAUUUGAAGAAACCCAAUCUUGACAUGAAUACACCUGAUUUUGACAUAAAUGCCCCUUCAGGUAAACUAAAACUGCCAAAAUUGGGCUUUUCAGGUAGCAAGCCAAAAGGACCUGAUCUUAAAAUCAAGUCUCCAGAUCUGAAUCUCAAAAGCCCCAGAAUUAAGGGAGGACUUGAUACCCCAGACAUGGAUUUUACUAUCCCUCAGUCUGAUUUGAAAGGCCCGAACCUAGAUUUCAAAUCACCUGAUAUUGAUGUUAAUGCCCCCUCAGGUAAAUUCAAAAUGCCAAAGUUAAAAAUGCCAAGUUUUGGCAUGUCAGGCUUGAAAGGGCCACAAAUGAAUGUGGAUGCCGACAUUGAUCGGCCAGAUAUUAAUCUGAGCACAUCAACUCCCAAACUAAAUGCAGGGAUAAAUGGUCCUGAUAUUGGCAUUCAUGGUCCUAAUGUUGACCUCAAAGGUCCAAAAGCAGACCUUACAUUUCCAGACAUGGACAUGCCUUCUGGAAAAUGGAAAAUGCCCACUUUCAAGAUGCCUGGUGUUGGUUUAUCGGGACCCCAAUUAAACUCACCUAGCUAUGAAUUAAAGACCCAUGAAAUUGAUCUGUCAUCUCCAAAGAUAAAUGCAGACUUCGAUUCCCCAGACUUUAACAUCAGAGGUCAUAAACCAGACAUUACAGCCCCAGACAUGAAUGUUGAUAUCCCUAAAGGUAAAAUUAAAGGACCAAAUUUAAAGGAACCCAGUCUUAACAUAAAUGCAUCUGGCCUUGACAUAAAUGCCCCCUCAGGUAAACUAAAAAUGCCAAAAUUUGGCUUUUCAGGUAGCAAGCCAAAAGAACCUGAUCUAAACAUCAAUUCUCCAAAACUGAAUAUAAAAAACCCCAAAAUUAAGGGAGGACUCGAUACCCCAGACAUGGAUUUGACUCUCCCCCAAUCUGAUUUCAAAGGCCCAAACCUAGAUAUCAAUUCACCUGAUAUUGAUGUUAAUGCCCCCUCAGGUCAAUUUAAUAUGCCACAGUUAAAGAUGCCAAGUUUUGGCCUGUCAGGCUUCAAAGGGCCACAUAUGAAUGUGGAUGGUGACUUACAUUACCCAGACCUUAAUAUGAGCACAUCAGCUCCCAGACUAAAUACUGGGAUAAAUGGUCCAGAUUUUGACAUUAAUGGACCAAAGGCUGGUCUUAAGGGACCAAAAACAGACCUUGAACUUCCAGACAUGGACAUGCCUUCUGGAAAACUGAAAAUGCCCACUUUAAAGAUGCCUGAUUUUGGUCUUUCAGGUCCCAAAAUAAAGACACCUGACUAUGAACUCGAGACCCAUGAAAUGGAUUUGAUUAAGGCAAACUUUGAUUCCCCAGACUUCAACAUCAUAGGACAUAAGCCAAAUAUUACAGCCCCAGACAUGUAUGUUGAUAUGCCUAAAGGUAAAAUUAAAGGACUAAAUAUAAAGAAGCCUAAUCAUUUCAUGAACGCACCAGACUUUGACAUUGAUGCACCUUCAGGUAAAAUUAAACUGCCAAAAGUGAGUCUUUCAGGUAGCAAAGUAGAAGGAUGGGACUUUAAUGUAAAUUCUCCAAAGAUGAAUCCCCCCAGAAUUAGAAGAGGAAUUGAUAGCCCUGAUUUUCAAGGCAUGGGGUCUGAUUAUGGUGUCUAUGCACAAAUGCACGCUAACGAUCUUGCAGUCCAAAGGGGUCAAAUUAAAGGAGUCAAAACAUAUGAUCUGGAUGCGCCCUCAAGAGACAUUAGAAUACGAGGUGGAUUUGAUAUUGAUGAAAACUGGAACACUAUGUCAGUGCCUAAACUCCAAGCUUCAAGAAGUAGAGAACAUUUUGCUGUGACACAUUCAAAUAUGAGAAUGAACACCACGCGAGGAUCACCCCAUAUUGGAGGUAGUGCUGAUUAUUAUGGGAGAACUCAUAAGAUUCCUAAGCGUUAUUACACUACUGAUGACAUAUGCUAUACUUGGAAAGGGAUGCCUAGUAUAGAUGGAAGGGGAAACAGGCAAACAUCCAGUGGCCGUAGACAAACAUUGAGAGGACUGCAGUCACAUGCAAUGGAUCUGGAGGUUCCAGAAAGCACUUUGAAAGGAAGGUUUAACCUUCUUAAACUAAUGUAAUGGGAUAGUUAAAAGGAAGGGAAAUAGGAGAUGAAACUAAGCUUGUCAUUGGUAAUCAAGUUUACUGAGCUGAUAAUUUAUAAAUGGGUUGAUUUAUUUAGCAUGUUUGUGUAAAUCAACUAAAGUAGACACUGUAAAUGGGUUUGCACAAACUAUCUCUACACUUCAUAACACUGAUGAAAAAACCUCUACAUACAAGAGGUGUUACAUUAUAUAUGUGAAUGUACAUUUGCACUUAUAGAUCAAAUCAAAUAUAUUCCAAGUACAAGGUGAUUUUAAAACUAUUUUAUGUAUAGGCUAUUGACACUCUUAUGUGGAGCAAUCAUGAUUCAAUAUUUUAAAUCUGAUAUUAAAUCUAUAUUAAUCUGAACAUUGUAAAUUAUGUAAAAUGUAUUCUUUACAUGUACUGAAAAUACAAUGUGGAUGAGUUAUAGAUGUGUAAAAAGUGAUUAUUUGUUUUGAAAAAUGUUGUGCCAUCUUUGUUACUGUUAUUGCACAAAUUCAUUAAUAGAUUCAACAUUAGGGUACAAAAGGGCUAAAGUCUAAUGAAAUGCAAAAAGUGAUGGAAAUAAACAGGAAAUGGUACACUUUUAAAUAAUGUGGUUAUUUUAACAUAUGAAAUGUUAUGCUACAAUUAUUUUGAUGUAUUAAAAGUAUUUACAAAUGGUG